ACCGUCUAGGGCACCCUAUUUCCGGCUCUGAUCAUCCCAUCAGCCGGACCUAUCUUCUCGCACCUGUCACCGACCGCCCGGCACCUGAUUAGCUGCACCAUGGCGGACAACCAUUACUACGAGGGCGAGCAAUUCGCACCCGUGCCAUCAUUUCCUCCAUCAUUUCCUCGAGCUCGUUACAUGCACACCACCAACACGAACAACCACACCAAACAGCGCACAAAUGUAGCCACGACGGACCGCUCGGACCGCUCGGACCGCUCGGACCUGCUAGCCCGUAAUACAGCAAUCAACGCCGGUCGAGCGCAUCAAAAUGCACACAUGCAAGUCGACAAAGACACACGCCCUGACCAGCACGACCCCGUCAUCUACUAUCGCACCAUGGUGGUAGCGAUCGAGAGGACAGCACCAAGCCCAUAUUUACUGACGGCGACCGUACCGCACUCGGCAGACAAGACAUCCAGCCGGCAGCAGCACGCGGGCCGUGGUCCAGUCACCACGAUCACGGGCAGCGGACGCGGGCCCCCGGCUUUGAAUAUCGGAGGAAGCAGCUUGCAGCAUCGAAGCCCGCUUCCUAGCGUGCGCAGCUAUCCUCGCUACGGUGAACGUGUCGACUUUGCCGUGGUCGGUUCUUUCAAUGACGAUGACGGUUAUGAUGGCAGCGUGGAGAGGAGGACGCUCGAGGGCGUGAGAUAUGUCACGGGCACUCGCGCUGGGGCUGUUCCCUCGCAAAGUCGUCGGCGACCGUGGAGGGGAUAAUCCCGCCGGGUUGAGGAGCGCAUCAUCAUUGGACUAGUCUCCCUGCCCUGGCACCCGGUCCCGCGCAGAAUCACAUUGAAAAUCGCCGACCGGGAGAUGGAGUCCUGGUUCUUAGGGACCCGGGUCCUGUCCUGAAGACCCCGAGAGACCUUGGUUGUAGGGC